GUACAGUGAUGAACCUGUCUCUCUCCAACUCUCCCCAGUGUACAUGCGUCCGGCGAGUUCAUCACUGUUUUGCUGGCUCCACGACACGUGCGUGGUAGCUCACGAUUGGUUUAAUUAUUAUUUUUUUUUUAAAUCAAACAAAAAAAGUAAUAAUAAAAAAUUAUAAACUUGAAUCCCAAGAGAGGGUUCACUAAUGGAAAUGCUCUUAGCUAAGAAGUUUAAGAGUUUUUGUUGGCACAAAAACAUAGAUGAAAUAGAGCCCACAUAAUUUUAUAAUAAUUUUUUUCUUAAAAAUUUGUGCUAAGAAUCAUUGUUGCAUUGUUGCAGAUGGUCUAAAAGGAAAAAAAAAAGUAAGAGUUGGUCUCCUUUAAAACCCUAAAUGAAGAUGUUGAAACUUCCAGAAGAUUUGAUAGAGGAGAUACUCUGUCGUGUACCAGCCUCAUCAGUGAAGCAACUACGUUCUACUUGCAAAGGAUGGAACAGUUUAUUCAACGACAAAAGAAUCAUAAGAAAGCACUGUGAUAAAGCCCCAAAGCAGUUUAUGGUUCUCAUGCUGCUGUCCAACUCAUUCACAAUUCUUCCAAUGAGCAUCAUCCAUCUCAAUGGAACUCCAUCUGUAAAACGUAAACGUGAGGUUGGCCUACUCGAUCCGCAUCACAAUAACUCAUAUCGAUUCCAUAUAUCUCAAGUCUUUCACUGCGAAGGCUUGUUGUUAUGCGCCUCUUACAAGGAAUCUAGAUUCCUGGUUUGGAACCCUCUUACUAAUCAAUCAAGAUGGACUCAGUUCAACAAACGUUACACGGGAUUCACCUACUUUUUCCUCGGUUACAACGAAGACAGAAAAUCAUGUAAUAAGAGUUACAAAGUCUUGAGCUUUGAUCCUAUUAGCAUGAUGAGUGAUGUAGUAAUCCAUGAUCUUAAUUCUGAAGUCUCUGAUUCAUGUAGGACUAUCGAUAAUGACAACCAUCCAGGCGUGCCCCACAUUGGUCAGAGUUUAUCUUUGAAAGGAAAUACUUACUGGUUUGACAAAGAUGAAACAAAAAUGCACCUUGGUAUAUUCUUGAACGAAUUUGAUUUUUCAACAGAGAAACUUGGACGUCGUGUGCUUCUCCUUAUCAGUGUCGAGAAUAUGAAAACUUGAGUGUUUCGGUUGUCAGAGAAGAGAAACUUUCAGUGUCGAUACAACGUGGAAUUACAUCAAAGACUGAGAUAUGGGUGACAGAUCAAAAUGAUGAGACCAAAGUUGUGUCUUGGAGCAAGGUCUUGGUAUUGGAUUUGAGUCGUGAUCAUCAGAUUACGCAUUGUGGAAGUUUCUUGCUAGAUGAAGAGAAGAAAGUGGUCAUGUGUUGUGAGACAAGGUACGACCCAGAAGAGGAGAACAAGUCCGAAGAAAUGAUAUACAUUGUUGGGGAGGAUAGUAAAGUCACAGAAUUGGAUUUGGGAGUAGAUAUAACUGACAGGUAUGGGGAAACUAUUCUGAAUUAUACGCCCAAGUUUGGUUCAAUCGAGCCAGAUGGAGGCAAAAUAAAAAGAUGUGAGUAUGUGACUAAAUAAGCUAUAGUUUUUUUUAUAUAUAUAUAUUUUGGUGUGUUUUUUUUUUAACUUAUUUACUUUGAUCGUGUUUUUAAGUGAUUAUUUGAAGUGAUAAUUCAUUAACAAGUGAGUAUCAGUAUACGCUAUUUAGCUAACACAGUUUUAAAGUUCUACUUUUAUGUUUCUUUGCAUUUUAUAUGUGCUCUCGCACAGAGAAGGGUAGCUAAUUGGAAUUCAAGCUUUUCUAAUUUACUGACAAGUACUCGGUAAAACAAGUCAAAGCUCAACUCAUGUUAUUUUUUUCUUUGACAAAAAAACAUGUACACAGCCUUUUUUUUGCUUGUCCUCUGCUUAAAGUUUUCGUUUUUCACCCAACUCAUUCCCUUGCAAGUUACAAGCUUUCCACACAGCAUUUUUAAAAUUAUGUAUCACCUCGUAUAUUUAUAACUCAUUGACCAAUAACGGUACAG